ACAAGAUCUACUCUUUUCACGAAAAUUCUCAUUCUGAUUAUCAGGGGAGGAUAUCUAGGUGCUAAGCAACCACAAAAUCAGCUUGGGCUAUUUGGUUGUUCCUUUUGUUUCUAAUUUAAUGCUUUCAGGUCAGGAAAUCACUGGACAAAAAUACCGCCGGCUCUAAUCCCCCAAGAUUAGUAUAUAUCCCAGCCAGGAGCGUUUACCGCAAUUGACCAGGUCUCAAUUGGUGUUAGCUUACUCAUUGAGAGAGAGAGAGAGAGAGAAUAUAGAAAGCAAGUCACCUAAUCUCAUCACGCACAAAGAUAGUGCAGUUAGCAUGAGCUAAUAUCUUCCAGCACUAAAAUGGUGGAGUUAGCAUAUACUGUAGGUUAGUAGCUAAUUUUUUCUAUAUAUUUGGUACAAACUGGUAUACUUCUAUAGGGGGCAUAGAUCCAAUACCAAAAUGGUAGAGAAAGAAUUGAUAGAAAACUCGAACACAAAGCAGCUUCGGCAACCACCUUCUGUCCCUUUUCUUUGGGAAGUGAGGCCAGGAAUGCCUAAAAGAGACUGGAAGCCCGAGGCUUCUUCAGUUAAACCAGUUCCAAAACCUCCAGUCAAACUUGUUGCCUCAGUGCCCUUCUUGUGGGAGGAAAAGCCAGGCACACCGCUGCCCUCGUUUUCACAACCACCACAAGAUUCAGUAACUCUAACCCCACCAGCAAAUCUCAUCAGCUUCCCUACGCCUUCAGUGCACUCUCACAGCUAUAGUAACGAUUCAUUUGAAGCAGAUGUCGAAACAUUCGGUUUUGAGAUAGAUAAUACAUUCAGCUCACCUCCCUCUCUCUUAGCAAAUUGCCUUGUGUCAGUAACAGCAAUUUCUACUGCUGUUCCAGUAGAGAAAAUUUCAGCAGAGGAAUAUAAAAAAGGCGAGCUGGAAACUCCUUCCUCACCAGCUUCCGAAACAGACAGUAGUACAAGCAGCUAUGCAACUGGCACUGCAAGCCUUGUAGGGGCUCCUUUCUUGGAAUGCCUGUUUCCACUGUUGCCACCCACUUCUGGCUUUCUCAACAAGGUUGGAUGUUUGGAAAAUGACUGCCAGGCUCCACUGGAACCAAAAAGUAAACAUAAUGAUCGUCAAAGCAAUAGCAGUGUCAUGGUAAGGAAGGCCCCAACACUUGGAGAGCUGAUAAUGAUGAGCAGGAGGAGGAGUUUGCAGAGAAAGGCUGCUCAAAUGAGAAAACAGAAUCUAUCAAUGGAUUUGACGAAGAACAGAGCAUUUGGAUGCUGCAUCUUCAUAUCUGGCAGCAAGAUGAUGGAAGGAUUACACAGGAAGGGAAUGCACUUGCCAAGACUGAAACUGAUGUAGAAGAAAUUCUAU